UCGUCCCGUUCGCGCACACGCCGCUCGCCUCGUCGCCCGGCCCACCACGUGCCCGCGCGACCCGCCACGGCACGCAGCCAACACGCCCUCGGUCGGAGGGUUCAUUGGAAUAAAUAAAGUACUUGUCGUGUCUGCCUUUGAGCGCAUUAACUAACUGUUGUGUAAAUCAACUUGUAGUGUCAUAGGAACAACCGAGAGGCCACGUCAAUCAAAUCAUUACUACCCUCGAAAACCGGCCUAUACCAUUGCAAAAGUGAAGCCCUUAAGUAACUACCUCAAAAGCCACCGCAUAGGACCAUAUAUAAAAAGCUGGCACCAUUUCAUACGAGUGAACCUUCAAAAUUUACUUAACUAUUUACACAAUUUAUAGACAAAGACUGCCAAAAAUCAAAUCAAAAUGAACAGAGGAGUGAGAUUACAAAGAUGAUUCCGAGCGUGGAAGUGUGACUCCAGGCAGCCAGAGGACAUCCGCCCUUCAUCCCCGCCCACCAACCGACCAUGACGCCCACGGCCGCCCACGCUACCCAGGGAGCACCUGCCCUCCGCCUCGUGAUCUUAGCGGUGUGCGCGGCAACGACCAACGGUCAGCAUGCAAUGCCCGGGGUCUUUCAACUCGGAGAUACAGAGUCAGCGUUCAUGGACGCGGAGCAGAUGUUCGGAUUCGUCAAUUUCGAGAGCCUGAGGAUCAGCAGCGGCGAGGCGAGGGCCGACGCCGCUCGGACGCCGGCCCCCUCCUCCCCUCGCGACGGCGACUUCGCGGCGGCGGAGAGCGGGCGGCCGACCCGAGACCCAUUCGAUGACAUCAUCUCGGGAAAAGUGGCCGGCCACAACGACAGUGUGAAUGUAGUCCCGGAGACGGGGUCCGACCGCUCACACGCUCCGAUCUCGUCCGAGGCCGAUAAAAAGAGCAGGUCAGACUUAAAGAGCGCGCCCCCUGGCGCGGGCGGCCGCCGAGUUGACAAACGGGUUCUGGCGCGGAUUAUGAGGGAACAGUUCAACGAGUUUAAGCAGCGGCUCACGAGGAAGGCCAAGUCCCUCUCUCUCUCGGGACAGCAGGCCGAUGGGUUCAAAGGCACAGCAGAUACGGGCGCGGCCGCCACGAGCGCUACCAGCGGACCCUCGGCCGACGCAACGGCAGAACCGCCGACCCGAGUCCUGGUGGGCGAAGUGGUCCCCAAGGCGGCGCGGCGGGCCGGCGAGGAGCCCAGCGGCGUCAGGUCCGGCCUGCUGCGUCAGGAUGCUCACCCCAUCCCCGUCACCUUCACCUCCCUGCCCGGGUUCCCGUCCGUCCCUCGCGCGCCCGGCACCGGGGUGGCAUCCGUGGCCACGGGAACUGCGGCCCAAGCAUCUGCUGGCCCCUCUGCCUCGCCUUCAGGGGGAAGAGGCGGCGCCCCGUCCGUCAUGAUCGACUCCCUCUUCGGCGGGGGCGAGCGCGGGUCGGGCAUCCGCGGCGCAGGGUUCAGCCGCGUCCCGGGCGUCCCAGGGCCCAGGAGGCUCCCAGGCGUCAGAGGCACAACCACCACCAGGACUUCCUCCAGCCCCCCCGACCUCAUGUCUAUCCUACAGACGCGCCUCAUAGGCGGCGUCCGCAGCGUCUCCAGCGGGGCAUCAGGCGGCGCCCCCACCGCAGUGACAGGCGGCGGGGGCGUGCUCAUGGCGGGCGACUCCAUGCUGCUUCAGUUCGACCCGUCCAUCGUGGUCAACUUCCUCACGCUCGUCGCCCUCACGCAGCAGCAGCAGCGACGUGGCGAAGGGUCGCCGCAGGGGCAGAGGAACGCCUCGCCGGCGGGAGGGCCGACCAUCGCCGUUGCCGCGCCGGCCUCGGAUGGGGAGUUCGGGCCCUUCAGCGACGGCGCCGACCCAUCCGCCGGAGUGGAUCCUUCGACGAUCUUGCUGCCCCCCAUGCUGCGCCAGACGCUCUACUCCUACCUGCUGCCUCGCCUGGCAUCGCUCAGUGCCCUGGUGGAGACAGUGCCCGGGGUGCCUGGGCUUGACUACCCGAUCAUAGGCACCGUUCCUUACACCAACUUCUACUGCUCGAACAUGCCCUGGCCAGGAUUCUACGCCGACACGGAGGCCAGGUGUCAGUCGUGGCACUACUGCGACCUGGACGGGCGCCAGGCGUCGUUCCUGUGCCCGAACGGCACGGUGUUCAACCAGGCGUUCUUCGUGUGCGACUGGUGGUACAACUUCGACUGCGAGUCCGCGCCGUACCUGUACUCCCUGAACGAGCGAGUGUUCGCGCUGCCGGAGGUGGACGAGACGGCGCCGCACCGCACCCUCACGGCCGAGAUGCUCGAGACCAUCUUCCUGUGACCUCCUCCUUGACCUCGCCCGCCCGCGCCGCUCCUCCCCUCGGGCCAGGCCGAAGCGCUUUCACUCCCUCGCGGCCACACGCACCCGCCCAAAGAAGACAGAGGAUUCGCAAUAACACCGCACGCAACAUCCAAGCAGGAGGAGCGGGAGAGGCAGGGAGAAUCUGUGUGUGACUCGUCGCCUCUCUCUUUUCCCAGAUGCAGUGACCCUCGC